AUGGCGAGCUCGAAAGAUCCUGCCAAAGACCUAAAUAUAUCCGAGGCACGGGCGCCAGAUCUCGAAUCCGAACAUACUAAUCAAGACCCUGGAGAAUGGCUGUACAAAUCUGAUAGAGCAGAGCUCACAGAACUCACGCCGGUCGAGGCGUUCAAAUGGAAUGUGGAGGGUGACCAGUCGCCUUUUCCGGAGGUUGCGGCUUGUGUGUCCAACAAAGAUGAUCCCACCAUCGCUUGCAAUACUGUUCGGGCUUGGAUAUUGAUGACGGUCUUUGUCAUCCUUUUCUCCGGGGUCAAUCAAUUUUUCGGCCUGCGAUAUCCUUCCCUCACAAUAGGCUAUGUUGUGGCUCAAAUCCUCGUUUUCCCAAUUGGGCGAGCAUGGGAGAAGCUUCCACGAUGGAGGGUUCCCCUUGGAAAACUUACAUUCGAUGUCAACCCAGGAAAAUUUACCAUUAAGGAGCAUGCCUUCAUCGUUAUUUGUGUCAACAUCAGUGCCACCACAGCUUACGCGCAAGGGGCCCUGGUCGCAAUUGUCAGUCCUGUAUAUUGGAACCGUGACCUUGGAGCCGGAUUCUCAUUUCUAUACCUUUUGACAACCCAAAUGAUUGGAUUUGGCCUGACAGGCCUCGCCCGCCGUUGGAUUGUUUACCCUGCUGCUUUGGUCUGGCCUACUUCUCUGUCAUCCACUGUGCUUUUUCGGGCAUUACACGAGCCUGAAAGCCGUACGCCUGCCAAUGGCUGGACUAUGAGUCGGUACCGCUUUUUUGCCUAUGUCACAGCGUUUGCAUUUGUGCUAUUCUGGUUCCCGGACUACAUCUGGACAAGUUUGAGCACAUUCGCUUUUGUGACGUGGAUUGCGCCUCAGAACCAGAAGGUCAACACGAUAUUCGGAAUGAAUUCCGGAUUAGGUCUGAUACCUAUCAGCAUUGACUGGACACAAAUCAACUACGCCGGUUUCCCCCUCAUGACCCCCUUCUAUAUCACAUGCAACGCCUUUGCUGUCGUCGUGUUCUUCUACCUUUUCUUAUCGCCAAUUCUGUAUUACUCUAAUGUGUGGUACAGCGCGUAUCUUCCUCUCCUCUCUUCAGGCACAUUCGACAAUACGGGAAACUCAUAUAAUGUAUCUCGUGUGCUCGAUGCAUCUCUAGACUUUAGCGAGAGCAAGUACAAGGAAUACUCCCCUAUGUAUAUCUCAAUGUCUUAUUCUCUGACCUAUGGACUAUCUUUCGCUGCUGUUACCGCGAUCGUGGUGCACACCUAUCUUUACAAUGGCACUGAAAUUUGGGCCAGGCUCAAAAAUGCACAACAUGGAGGUGAGGAUGUCCACCGUCGGCUGAUGCGUCAAUAUAAAGAGGUUCCAGAAUGGUGGUACGGAGUCCUCACGGUGGUCGUGUUGGGACUUGGUAUUUUGACGACCAAAUACUGGGACACUGAACUGCCGGUUUGGGGCUUCAUCGUGGUCUGCUUUGGAUUAGCAGUGCUUCUAAUUGUUCCUGAGGGUAUCUUGCAAGGAACGACAAAUCAGCGCGUGUUCCUGAAUAUCAUCACGGAGAUGAUCGCCGGAUACGCCUGGCCCGGAAAGCCUAUCGCUAAUCUGAUGGUGAAGUGCUACGGGUAUAAUGCAGUCAAACACGGCAUGGAUUUUGCUCAGGAUUUGAAGCUCGGGCAAUAUAUGAAAAUUCCUCCGCGUGUUUUGUUCUUCGGUCAGAUCUAUGCUAGUAUUCUAGCUACAGCGACUCAAACUGGAGUACUACGAUGGAUGAUGGGACACAUUUCUGAGCUGUGUGAACCGAGUAACAAACAACGCUUCACGUGCAACGGUGCCAAAGUGAUGUACAACGCUUCCUUAAUUUGGGGCACCAUUGGUCCUCAACGGAUGUUCCAGUCUGGACAGGUGUACAAUGGCCUUGUCUACUUCUUUCUCAUAGGGCCCGUUGUUACUGUGCUUGUGUACCUCACUUACCGCCGCUAUCCAAACAGCUGGGUUCGCUACAUCAACGUUCCAAUCUUCUUCAAUGCGGCUGGUAAUAUUCCUCCAGCAAACACCACCCAAUAUUCCCUCUGGUUCAUAGUCGGUUUUGUCUUCAAUUAUCUGAUUCGCAAGCGUGCAUUUGACUGGUGGAAGCGUUACAACUAUUUACUCCAAGCAGCCAUGGAUACUGGCACUGCUAUCGCGACAAUCAUCAUUUUCUUCGCGUUGGGCUACCACGCUAUCACUUUCAAUUGGUGGGGAAACACUGUGGGAUCAAAUACAGCGGAUGCAAAUUCUGUCCCUUGGUUGACUGUUCCCAAAGGAAGCUUUUUCGGAAAGGGGCCUGGUGAUUUCUGA